GCAAAUUAAGCUCAUUCCUACAGAAACAACUACUGCUCCCCUUUUUUAACAAAGACAAUAUCUCAAGAAAAUCAUCUUUUCUUGACCUCAAAGAACCCACAUUAAGGAAAAAUGUCAAUACUGUGGAUUUCCAUCGUUGGUUUAUUUUGUAUAUUUAAUUGUGUCGACGGCAAUGACGAAGGAUGGAUUGAAGCUCAUGCCACUUUCUAUGGAGGUGGUGAUGCAUCCGGAACCAUGGGUGGGGCAUGUGGUUACGGGAAUUUGUACAGCCAAGGAUAUGGUACAAAUACAGCAGCAUUGAGCACAGCAAUGUUCAACAAUGGAUUGAGCUGUGGGGCUUGCUUUGAGAUUAAGUGCGUUGGUGACUCGAAAUCGUGUAUUCCAGGGUCUAUAGUGGUCACUGCUACUAAUUUCUGCCCACCAAAUUACGCCCUACCAAACAAUGCAGGAGGGUGGUGCAACCCUCCCCUGCACCACUUUGACCUCUCUCAGCCUAUUUUCCAACAAAUUGCUCUGUACAGAGCUGGAAUUGUCCCUGUUUCUUACCGAAGGGUACCCUGCCAGAAAAAAGGAGGCAUCAGAUUUACAAUGAACGGUCACUCAUACUUCAACUUGGUGCUCGUGACUAACGUCGGAGGUUCUGGUGAUGUUAAUGCAGUUUCGGUUAAAGGUUCUAGAACCGACUGGAUACCUAUGUCACGUAAUUGGGGUCAAAAUUGGCAGAGCAAUUCCAAUCUAGAUGGUCAAAGCCUCUCGUUUAAAGUCACCACUGGUGAUGGCCGCACUUUAAUUUCCGACGACGCUAUCCCUGCCGGUUGGUCCUUUGGCCAAACUUUCACCGGCGCCCAGUUCACUUAAUUAAUCAAUUUAGCUAUAAAAUAAUAAAUAAUCAAUUGCAGUGUGACAAAUUAGGACUAUAGUAAUUAGUGUUGAUGGGAAGGGCUUAUUUUUAAAGUGGCUCUACACCAUUUUUUCUUCUUUAUUAAUGCUAGUAACUAGUAAUAUAUGAAGUUCUGUCUGUGGUUAUUUUAGGAGGACAGAAAUUGAGGACCGAGGUGGUGGAUUUUAAUGUCACUACCCGCCUCAGUACUCCAUUCUAGGGGAAUAUUAUAGUUUAGUGGUAAAACCUGUUUUUUACUAAUUCUUCAUUUUGGUUUGCAUGAAUAUUGAAACAGUAUAUUGUGGUCGUUUUAAGUAUGUCAUUUUCUUUUUCUUGAUUUGCGUGUGAUUUCUGAUUGUAAAACGGUUGGUGUUGUAUGUUUUUCUCUUUAAAAGAGAAGAAGUGAAUAAAAGUCAGUAUUAUUAA